UUCCUCGGUUGCAAUCCUGGAUGACGACAUCGCUGACUUCGCGGCGCCCGCCGCUUCGGCCCCAUCCAAGCAUCCCUCCGUCUGCCUUGUACGCUCCUGGUGGUCAUGGAGGUGCACCGUCGUCUUCGAUGAUGGAGCUCGAGUUGAUUCGCACCAUCUUGGGCGACGAAGUGCCCACGAGUGUCCUGCUGUCGUGCCUCCAUGCCGCGUCAAACGACGUGUCCACGGCGGUCAACUUGUACUUUAGUCAGCAGCCGACCACGGACGUCCCCGUGGAUCUCACCAAGAGCAUUCGAAGCUCCAUGCCCGUGACGUUGCAUCCAUUUGACGAACCUGGCAUGCUCAGCAACUUGAACUUGGCAGCGACGUUGACCACGGGCGCCGUGGACGCGAUCAACGCCGCGAACGAGCGGUUCAAGGUGCUUCGGUUCCGAAAGCGCGGCAACCCUCUAGGGGCGGCGGACAUGCUGCUGCGGAACGGCGACAUCGUGUCCCUCGAGUGCAACGGGUUGUGGCUGUGCGCCCGCAAGAACAACGCAUUGCAGUGGAAACCUGUCCGACAUCUACCUCUCCCAUCUCGUCCAUCUUAUCGCAUGAGAUUCGGCUGCUGUCCUUGUAGGUAUCCGACACGGACGACCGCAACAAAUUUGUCAUGCGCGGGCUCGCCUUGGGCACAGUCCUCACCGUCGGCGAGCCGUUCUUCUUGACAUCAUACCGGUGGAAAGAGCGCGAAAUCGCCAUCCGACGCACGCAGAGCAUUGGACUUACCCUCAACCUCCCAUGGAACAAGCCAUCCUCGACCUCUGAACUCGCAUCCCCCAAUAGCAAUAACACUCUCAACCACGUCCACCGAUGCUUUCUCGGCCUCGCCCGGUCCACCGAGGGCGACUGGCGGCUCUACUUUCGCGCGGCGCCGACGCCCAAAGCCGCCGCGUCCAUGGCCACCGCCGCGGCCAUGUCCGUUGCCCCCCUCAAUAUCCGCGUGGAAGCCCCCAUAAAGCGCCGCGUAUCCCGGCUCAGUCGAGUGGCCGAAGAUGACGAAGGCACCAGCAGCCCUACGGACAUGCGGCGGAUCGAGCAAAUGCAAAUGGUGCUUGGAUUGGCCACGUGUUCCAAGGAAACCCUCGUCGAGUACUUGGAUGGUGCUGGAGGGAAUGUACAAAUUGCGUUGGAGCAUUACUUUAUGACGACUCACACGGAUCGAAAGCGGUCGCGACCAGACAGCACGCUGCUACUGCCCAUGCCUCGCCAGAGCAUGCCGCCACCGCCGCCGCCGCCGCCAUCGCUUCCGUCGCCAACAUUGGCAUCUUCGUUGCAACAACAUAUGACUGGGGAUGCAGCCGCCGCCGCCGUCGGUCGGUCGCCCCCCAAGGCGUCGGUGCAGAUUCCACCGCCACCGCCGACGUCGAUGCUGCAAAAGCCGCUGACGAUCGAGGAUUUCGAGAUGCUCAACGUACUGGGGCGAGGCAGCUUUGGCGCUGUGAUGAUGGUGCGGUACAAGCAAGAUGGACGCAUCUUUGCGAUCAAGAUCCUCAAGAAGAGCGCCAUGGACGCGACAGACAUGCAGAACGCCAUGGAGGAACGCCAGAUCCUGCAACGCGUCAAGCACCCGUACGUGUCGUCGCUCGUGUUUGCGUUUCAGACCAGCGAGCGACUCUACCUUGGUAAGUGUCCUUGCUUCGUAUCCUUAUCCUUAUCCUCGUCGCCGCGAUAUCUAGGCAUGAAGUUUUAUGCCGCCGGCGACCUCUUCUACCACCUCAACCAAAAAGGUGGCGGAUUGCCGUUGGCCGACGCCCGUCUCUACGCCGCCGAGCUCGUGCUCGCGAUAUCGUACUUGCAUUCGCUCAACAUUUUGUACAGGGAUUUAAAGCCGUCCAACAUAAUGAUCGACGAACAAGGCCAUAUUGGUAUUGUGGAUUUUGGGCUAUCCAAGCAGCAUAUCCAAGGCACUUCUCACGGCGUUAAGACCCUGUCGGGUACGGCCGAGUACGUCGCCCCUGAAGCUCUCGUCCAGACUGCCGACGGUACCCGCGACUAUGGCAAAGCCUACGAUUGGUGGAGCUUUGGCAUUGUCCUGUACGAGAUGAUUGUGGGGGUGAGCCCGUUCUAUCAUGACAAUGAGCGCACGAUGCUGCAGCGCAUCGUCCAUGCCGACGUCCGAUUUCCCGCCGAUUUUCCCAAAGACGCGAAGUCCCUUGUGCGCGGACUACUUAACCGAGACCCGAAAGCGCGCUUAUCUGGUGACGCUAUCCAGUCACAUCCGUUCUUUGCGUCGAUCCAGUGGACCAAAUUGUAUCAGCGCCAAGUGCCGGCGUAUUGGACGCCCGAUUUGUCGAGUGAGACAGAUACAAAGUACGUGGACCCAGUGUUCACCAAGGAUGGUCCACCGUCGGCGGUGUAUGACGUGGCAGCGUCCCAUGGCAAGAAGGACUGGAGCAAACGGUUCAGCCAGUUUUCAUUUGACUUUCACCGCGACGACAAUAGUAGUAAAAAAUAGUAAAAAAACGUUCAUCUUCAA